AUGGCUACGACGCACCUCAACCUGGAUAGCCGCAAGACGACUGAAGCCCCCGAGCCCCCAGAAGGAGCUACAAUCACCGUUAAACCGUCACCUUCAAUUCUCAAAGUUGGCGAUGAGCAUCAUCAGCGCCGUCUCUUCCUGGGACCUAUGCCUACCGACGUAGCCAGCGCCGGUGAAAUGUCUCGUGACAAGAGUUACAAUUCUAGCAUGAGCAGACAUUUCUGGUUCCUUGGAUUCGGCAAGAAGCCCACCUCGGCGACGCUUCAUCGUCGUAGCUUGAGCUCAGAGGAAGGCAUCAGCCGCGAGAGAGCACUCAAAUUCUUCCUCAACAACGGGGGUAAAGAGGAGGAUUUUGAUAAAGAGGAGGCAGCCGUCCGUCAAGAAAUGUUGCGCAAGGUGAAACAGACACGAUGGCUCCGCUCAGAGGAGAGUGAUGUCAAGCCGGCAGUAUCACAAGGCAAGCAAUGGGUCGGAGACAGCUUUGAAAUUGGCAAAGAUGUCUUUGGGAUUUCAACCCUUGCAACGUAUGAAGAAGAGCCUCCUGUCCUUGGAAGGGCGAGUUUGUCGGAAAACCACACUUUCGCGAUAAUGUCUCCUGAUAGUGGAGCAAAGGCUCUCUCAGACGUUGUGGGUGACACGGCUGUGACGCCAACUUUCAAAGCCAAGGUGCACGAAGCGAAUGUCCCGAAGCUGCUCGACCCUUCUCAAGAGGACAAGUUCAAAAGUCAACUUGGUCCCCAAGGCGUGGAUUCUCCUGCGAGUCCUUCCUCGUCUCCUCCGGAACCGGGCUCCUCUCAAACGAGGCUCUUAUCCUCUCCAAGGAUAUCCCAUGGUCGUCCCUCUGAAGGCGGCUCUGGAAAACCGAAAAUUAGUCCACCAUCCAGUUCUGCUUCUCUUAGAGAAGCAGCAGCAGAAGUACGGUCCGCGAUGCGCCAGGGAGACAAGCAGCCCUCCGCCAAAGGCAAAGGGAAGGCACAUGUUACCUUUUAUGGUGACGAGGAGUCUAUUAGACACGAUGGUGAGCGUGUAGCGACGCCUGAGGUGGAAUUACCGGCCUCUCCGACCGAGGUUCUGACUCGCGAACCUUCGCCUUCAACCAGUGCUGGCGUGGUUGCGCGAUUUCAUGACGAGCUGGAGCCAAAUGACAACUCAGAUGUGGUAAUUCGAGACCGCAUGCUGUUUCGAGUUCUGUCGACUACUGGGGGCGUCCAAAAGUAUAUGGACGAAAAGCAGCUGCUAGAGAUGCCAGAGGUCAGAAAAGAACGUGCUACCAUGUGGCGCGAAUACCUCGUCGUCUGGCGGAAGCUUUAUCUCGAACUAUACGAACCCUAUACUAUCACUGCGAAGGAAUGGGUGACAGGUCGCAAACACCUGGCGUAUAGGAUUCCAUUGGUCAAAGCAAAGACGACUGUGUCGGUUUUCUCCAAUGUCGACAUGUCAAUCUGCAUUACAUGCCCCAAGGCAUCUGCUUACUCUCACUUACCCGUCCAUCUUAACGAUGAUAAGCGAACAACCCUUAUAUUUAUCUGCAAGACCAAGAGUCGCUCGCGAUCAGUAGAUUGGAUAUGGAGAUUAUGGCGGAAAUUGGGAGGCGAGGUACCAGACUCUGUGGAGAUUCGCUGCCCAGAUAUUGAUGCGAGAGUUAACUUUCCUAUACCCGCCAUCGAUCCCAGUUCAGGGAUAGAAGGAUACAAGGCCUUCACCCGGGAAAGAGUCAUCCAGAUCUGCAAAGAGCAGAUGAGCGGAAUCCCUGAGUGGGAUCUUGUCAUUGAAAGUGCUCUGAAGGCCGGUCAAAGCGGGGAAGCUGGACGACUGGAGCUCUGUUGGCGAACAGAAAACAAACUUGACUGGGCAUGGCUGGACGAGGAUGUUGAUGGAGUUUUGCGCCCUUGGUCAGUCCUGUUUGGACUGGCACUCAAGGAUCCUCGUUUCCCUUCCGAGCUAGAGCUGCGAGUGGCAGAUCACUUUCCCACCAAGCUAUCACUAGGUGAUGGGACUACUUUGCAUGAGCCUCCGUCCCUCGAAGGGUAUCUAUACCGAUACAAGACGGAGACCCACAUACGCGACCCAACAUAUCUCGCCACACACAAUAGCAACAUAUUCUUCCUUUCCCCUCAGUCCGCACAUCCUCCGGAACCCCCAACGAUUGCUCUGCAGGAAGCAGUCACAGUUCCAGACACUGGACUAGCUGCUUCACCUGCAACUGCUUCAGCCUCAAUAACCCGCGCCAGUGAGGUCCAAAGAGGUGCGGCACAAAUUCUCAAUGCCAAAUUCUUUCUUGAUAUGCGAAAUAUUCUCUCCGUGAAGCGAGCAAAGGACCCAUGGGCAACAAAGCUGAAACCUGUGUUACGGCCAUCGAUGAGCGUUCGAGAGCGCACGCACUCGACAACAACACACGCCACCACAAACGAUAGCUGCUCCCACGAUGCUGGAAACGCAGGAGCAGAUACGCCGAGAGAACUCCCCCCUGUGAACCCAGACGAGGAAUCCCGGGACGAUGACCCAGUGUUAUUAAGUCCGCUUGAUGCUCAAGAUGAAGGCGGUGACGACGUACUUAACAGAAUCACGGGAGACGAGAAGCAGGACUUGAAGCGUCGACGGUCUUUUGAGAUUGAGAUGCGGAAUUCGGAGAUUAUUCGCUUCGAGGCGUUCAGUUGCAAGGUUGCAGUGGAAUGGGUAACCAAGCUCCGUGAAUUAGUUGACUACUGGACUCGCAAGCACCGACUGGACGCACGGCUGGAAAUGGAUAUUGUACAUGCCAACUCGGGACGUACAAGGUUCCUCGUCCCACGGGCAGGGGAGAAUGUAUAUCCCGCACCACCACCAGAUCCUCGAGAGGCGUCUCCGCUGUUGGGAACCUGGUGGCACUGGUGUGUUCUAAACGGCUGCAGAAGUAUUAUCCGGGCUGGGCGCCUGUAUAUGGCGACAGGUGCGAAAGAAGAGAUGAGGCAUUACUACUUUGUCCUUGUAGCCGGCCAUUUGGUCCGCUUCCGGCUCAUCUCCCGAUCUCAUUCAAUCACAUCAAUGCAUAGUCACGCCAAAACAAUCAAUCUUCUUGACGCCUACGUCACAUCGGGGUAUUUUGCCGCUCUCGAGUUAGAUGAAGGGAACAAAGUCUUCGAGCCGACAUCAAAACGCUUUCAAGACGGACUUGAGACGGAUGACACGGACAUGGACACCUUGAUAAUCAUUCGAUACCGUAAGCUUCCGACAGAUCAACAUCUGGAGAAACGUUCUCAGCACCUGGUCUCCUAUGGAAACCCCGCACCUAGUGGUGCGGCAACACAAACCACGAAGAGUAGCAUGAUGGGUGCAACAGCGGGGAGUGUCCCGCCAUUGAACAGCAAGCACAAGCUCUUGGUCUUGCGAGCACGGAGCAAGCUUGAACGCGAUGCGUGGUGUUGGGCCUUGAACGCGGAGAUAGAAAGGGUCGUUCGUUUGAACGCUGCUCGAGAGCAAGCGAUUCGCCAGGACGGGACCAUUGACAAAACCUAA